AUGCAACUCCAUCACGCCCCUCAAAGGCCUGAGUUCGCCUCGGUUUUGUACAAAGAAGUACGAUGUCAUCUACAUGAUUCUCGAAUGGCGAUCGUCUAUGGUCGGCCGCAGAAGCUGCUACUUUACUGCGAUAUUCAUUUCGCUAGAAUCAACGUCGACUCCAAGAACAUGGUCACCAUACAGCCGUCCCAGUCCAGUUCAGACGAAUGUUUCGUGUUCAUGUGUGCUCGUAGCGAGACAUUUCAACGUAUGCUCACAAAGGCUAUGAGAGAGAGAGGUCUGCAUCGAUAUCUGAGCAAGAAAAAUUCGGAAGGUGAUUGGAUGCCCGAUUUUGUGGUCCCAAAACGAAUAGAGCAAGCGGACACAGAAUCACAAUUCUCUCAUACUCUCAGCGGAUUGUUCAACUUCUUCAAUAUCGAGCAGUCGAAGCAGUCCAAACGGGUCAACCUAGACAAGGAGAAGUCGAAAUCAGGAUUCCAUGUAGGAGCUGCUAGUGGCCCCAAAGUUCACAGCAAUCUUGCACGAGCGAAUUCACUGGCGUUCUACCACAAUACAAAAGCGCCAGUGACUCGAGAUGAACCCGCUGUAAACUAUGUGAACAUUGGCAGGCAUAGUGUUUCGAAACCGAUUCUGGAUCGAGAGCUGUAUGCCACAUCAAGGAAGGCCAGCCGGUUCGAGCCUGCUGUGACGACUGCGUACGAAAAUCUCAACAACAAAGAUAGCAUAACACAAAAUCGACUGGCUAAUGUUAUACAUCGUAAGAGUCUACCCAACUAUAUCAACGCUCAGCAGUCAGCCCAGCUCAGAAAAGGUCCAGAUGAGAAACAGUUUUCCAUGCGUUCGCCAAGCCAUGGCUAUCGAAGAAAAUCGGAACUUGCACUAGUACACGCCAUGGAUAAGCCAUCGACAAGCAAAGGACGGUCCGUGGGUGAUCUCAAGGCGGCCAGGUUGGAGGAGUCGCGUUACGAAAAUUGGAGAAAAGCGAAAAAGUUCAUCUCGUCCUUCAAGCCGAAAUCUCAGUCGGAUUUGAAUCAACGGAACAAAAUGGUAAAAGGCGCCUUAUCUAAAGAUUUUGACCACGACCGCACAGCUUCGCCGUUCCUCUGUGAAGUGACGGUCAUAAAAUUGCAUGUCUCUGAUGGUACUUCGUGGGAAGUGGUUAACCUUAUAGAGCAGAUC